AUGGGCUCUACGGAUCUACGCUCAGCCAGCGGAAAUGGCAAGCCUAAUACCUGGCAGGGUCUGGGGGCGGCCGAGUUUGACUUGCGAAGCGACACGAUGACGAAGCCAACCGUUUCGAUGCUCGAAGCCAUUACCCAAGCCUCCCUACUUGACGACGUCUUCAACGAAGACCCAACCACCAACUCGUUGCAACAGUAUAUCGCAGACCGCACAAAGCACGAGGCAGCUCUACUUGUUAUGUCCGGCACAAUGGGUAACCAGGUUGCCAUUCGCACGCAUCUAUCGCAGCCUCCGUACUCCGUCCUGUGCGAUCACCGUUCCCACAUCCUUCAAUACGAGGCCGGAGGUGUCAGUAUGUGGACAGGGGCCACAGUUCAAGGCAUUGUGCCGAAAAAUGGCAGGUAUCUUACGCUAGAAGAUCUUCAGGCUAAAUUUGUUGCACCAACGAACGUCCAUUAUUGCCCAACCAAGUUGAUCAGUCUGGAGAAUACGCUCGACGGAAUGGUAAUGCCGCUAGACGAAGUGAAGAGAAUCGUUGAAUGGGCACAUGCCAACAAUGUUAAGGUACAUCUCGACGGAGCUAGAUUAUGGGAAGCAGUUGUGUCCGGUGCAGGAAGUCUGGAUGCGUAUACCAGCUUGUUUGACAGUGUUAGUCUCUGCUUCUCCAAAGGUCUUGGAGCACCAAUUGGUAGCAUCAUCAUCGGCUCAAGAGAAUUCAUUGAACGGGCCCGAUGGUUCCGUAAGUCGAUUGGCGGUGGCACUCGUCAGGCUGGUGUGAUUUCAUCAGCGGCCAGAGUUGCCGUGGAAGAAACAUUCGGACCCGAUCCCAACGGCGAAGGCGGCAAGCUCAAGCAAACACACGUUAAUGCGAAACGUGUUGCGGAAAUGUGGACUUCAAAGGGAGCAAAACUUCAAAAUCCCGUGGAGACGAACAUGGUAUGGCUAGACCUUGCUGCGUCUGGGCUAGGGAUGAACGACCUUACAGAGAUAGGAAAGGAAAAGGGCUUGCAGCUUCUUGGAAACAGACUGAUCAUCCAUUACCAGGUCUCUGAAGAAGCUUUACGCCGCCUCGAUGACGCCUUUCAGGUAGCAUUAAGCGGCAAGUUUGAACACAGUACCGACACCAGCAAGCCGUAUGGCACGCGAUAG